UUCUGUGCAACAUCCAAACUGCUGGCAUCAAGAACAGGAAUGUAGAAGCUGGAAUGAUUCAGAUUCUUCAGUGUUUGAUGAAUAUCAAUGUGGACAUUUAGGCCACUGGCUGGAGAGCUCUACAACACUAGAACAUUCUAGGCCUCUUUCUAGUUGCCCUGGCUGGGAAAGGAGAAUUGAAGAAGGCAAAACAAUGAGGACAUCACAUAAAAAAAAUAUGAAUUCUGUUUCUAGUGAUUCUGCUAAUCCAUCUGAAAGGGAAACAGAUGAAGUGGUUCUGAGGAGAAGACAAAAACAGAUAAAUUUUGGAAAGAAUACCCUUGCAUACGACAGAUACAUUAAAGAAGUUCCAAAGAAUCAACGAAUACCAGGAGUUCAUCCUAGAACGCCCAACAAAUUUAAGAAGUACAGCCGUAGAUCCUGGGACCAGCAGAUCAGGCUGUGGAAGAUAGCGCUGCACGCCUGGGAUCCUCCUGCGGAAGAGACCUGGGAUCUGCAGCCAGUUUCCUUUUCCCCUGAUUCUUCUCCUGUAUGGAAACGCAGAAGAAGAAACAAUUCCGAAUCCUCAGUGGUUUCAAAGAGCAAAAACCAGUACGUGCAUAUGUACCACACACUGGAAAGUCUCACUGAAUCGGGACAUCAGGAGGCUUUUUCAAAGUGCUCAGAGUGGGAAGCCUUUGGUGAAAAUGAUGAAGUAAUGACAGUACAACACGGUGUAGAAAUAACAAG